AUGGUUUCGUUCGACAAAAACGAAUUCCGCUCGGCGCUGUCCGAGUUCGCCACCGGUGUGACCGUAAUCACCACGCUGGACGACGAAGGCAACCCCCACACCAUGACCGCUAACUCCUUCACCUCUGUUUGUCUGGACCCGCCUAUAGUCUUGGUCUGCAUUGCCCACGGAACGCAUACUUUCGGCUACCUUGAGGAGCGGCAGAGGUUCGGCGUCAACUUCCUCUGCGAGGCCCAGGAGGAAGUCGGGGCAUAUUUCGCCAAGAAACCGCAGGACCGCACCGGUGGGGUGGAUUACAGCUUUUCAGAAUCGGAGAAUGGCGUACCAGUUCUGGAUGGCUCAGCAAUUUUUAUGGACUGCGACGUUAUUGGUUCUCACGUGUACGGCGACCACACGGUCUACAUGGGAGAGGUCAAGGAAAUCCGCCGCAACGAGUACGACAACCCGCUGAUGUUCUACCGCAGCCGGUGGUAUCACCCACACCGCAGCUAA